AGUUUCAGCUCCAGAAUCAAGAGUUCCUUCCUUCAAAUCAAAUAUUCACAAAGGCACAGCCUCUGUGCCUUUUCAAUGUCUUGCAAUAUUCCAGACUCUUUGGCGAUGAAGGAUGAUCAAAAGGUGAAAGGAAUUUAUAAAUGUUUAAAACGAUGGAUUCGGUGGCUUCGCACUUAUAACGUUUUAACACUUUAAACGGAUUCGUAGGAGAACUUACGUAACGGAAAUACAUAUAUAUGUAGUGACGUAAGAAUUUGUAAUUAUAUUAUAUAUCGUAUAUUAAAAAUUUUUCUUUAUAAAGAAUAUAUUUUUAUAUCUCAUCAAUAUAUCCAUAGAAAAGUGCACUUUACAUCUGUAUUAGUAGACGAUUUCUUCAGGCCGUAUUAAAACUUUAAAGUUUACGCGUUCCGUUAAGAAUGAACAAAAGAAGAACUAAUAAAAAUCGCAUGCAUGGCAGCGCAAUAUUUCCUUGGGUCAAUCUCAUUAAAGUAAACUAUUAAAGCCAAUUUUUUAAAUCUACUAGCGGACAAAAUCGAAGCGCACAAAUAACAUGCAGUAAAGGAACAGAGAAUACCCAGCGGAGCUUCUAACCCUUAUGUUAAUUUCUGGCGUCUCCGUUAAAAAAUAUGAAUUUAAAUCCAACUAUCAAGUUAUAUCGCGCGCCUGCAUUAUAUUUCGUCAAAAUGUCCAGUGAGGAUGGAAACGGAGACGCAUCUGCGAGGAAGUGCAAUAAAAAUGUCGAAACUCCGGGGAAAAUUGAUCCCUCGAGAGUGUUGAAGUUAGUGAUUUCAUUUCUUAAAGUUCUCAAUGACCUCCGAACUUCGUCUGUUAAGCAGAAAUUUGAAAUUAGAAGCCGCUAGUUAUUUCCUACGCGACAUUUAUUUACCGACAUGGCCAAUUUCUGCGAGAGACAUUCACGAACGAAGCUAGGUAAGAAAUAUGUUUCGUGAUGUUUCAGCGAGUAAAGUUAUUGUCUGCUCUUUGAAAUGACGAAAAGCGAAAGGCCACAACUGCAUCGCAAGGGCACGGAAUACUGUCUUGUCGGUUGCUUCAGUUGAGCAAGGAAGGCCCCUCAAGAAUGUGUCUUUACCUCGCUCAAAAUAAUUUCGCCAUUGAUACCGAAGACUGAGCUCAACGAAUUUCGAAAUAUAGGCUGGCGUAUAAUUGGGUUAGAUGCAAUUUAACGAAAGCAAAAUAAAUGCGCGUGAAGAUUAAAUGAAACAGGAUACAAUUUUUUUUUCUUUACGGUCAAAUCGACAAAUUACUCCUGGUAAAGUCUCGUGUUUAUGACGUCGAUACAAAUGAUUGGCAUCUUUAUUGAACCGAUUAAUCACUCUCAUCAGCAUGUCAUUAGUCACUGUAAAUUAAGGCACAAGUCAAUCACAUUGAAAUAUUUAGAGAAAACUAAAAAAAACAAGAUUAUCCUCAAUUCCCUAAUCAGUUCCUUUAAUUGAAAGUCGCCCGAAAUAAAAGAAGUGUCGCGACCUUAAGGAACUCCUGGAAAAUGUGGUGCGACGCUCGCAGGUCGAGACCAAGACGCGUACUGCGGGAACGUCGUUCGCCGCUUCCGAACUACAACUGCCGUCGCGACGCCUACGACGAUACGUUCGAUGUUAUAAAUUGAAUCGAUUGAUUUUCAGCGUCGAUACGGAGAAAGGCACGUUCGGCUGAGCAUUCGAUUCUCGAGAGUUUCGUUCAAGUUUUUUCGAAAUUAUCGCGCAGUCGUCGCGAAAGAUUUUUUCGAAAUCGUUUCGCUACGGAUGAACGAAAUGUUCUUAUCUUGUUGUCUUCUUCUUAUCUUGGGUCUGUGCAAUGAAAGGAUGGAGAACGAUCGGUUUUACAGAAAUCUCUGCUCCAUGGAAACUCUGCAGUCGGGGAGUAAAGGAUUUUUUCAGGAAUUCAGCAACGCGGUUGUCGACGAAGUCGGGGAUGCUUGGAUCACAAAGGUUUUCGGCAAAGCCAAUUCCGAUGAAGAGAGAAUCAGAAUUAUCUUUACCGACAAAAAAAUCAAGGAUGUGGUACUGGAAACGUUGAAUCGUGUACAGGAAUUAUAUCGGGACAAGAGCGCUGACAUAUCACUUAAGCGACGACUGGAAGGGAUUAUGGAAAAUGUCGCGGGAAACUAUGAAAAAGCACUUCUCCUUCUGAGUCAAGCUGUACUCAGGGCUCCUCCUACAGGAAAAGUUAAAAAUAUAGAUCAAGGGUUAAGUUUAGCCCUGGCUCUAUUCGCAAGGGCCGACACCCUCAUGGCGCUAAACGAGUAUCAAUUGGCUCUUGAGGAUUUACAGUCGGCGGAAAAGGAGGGCUUACCAGACAGUUUGAGAGCGAAGCUUCAUUGGAAAAUAGGAAACUGCCAACGGACUCUUGGCUUCGGGGAAAAAGCUCGGAUUUCUCUGUCGUUGGCAGAAAAGCUGUUACCUCCUGAAAGGAUAACGGAGAGAAGAGAACUGAUGAAGGACAUGGAUCGCUUAAAUUUCAACGAGUCCCUAGAGAAACCAAAGGAGAUUGAUAAGGAGCCGAACCCGGCAGUUAUUCUUACUGGAGGAGCCAACGCUACAUUUCCUGGUGCAUCGAGGUUGCUGACGAUCAAGGAGACUCAAGACGCCGGCAGACACGCAAUCGCCAGCGAGGAGAUACAUCCUGGCGACACCCUCGCGGCCGAACCGCCGCUUGCUGCUUGUUUGCUACCUGAAUUUUACGGCUCGCAUUGUCAUCACUGUUUUACGAGACUGAGGGCACCUGUAGGUUGCAGUAUAUGUAGCAGUGUGGCUUUCUGCGGUUCGUCAUGCAGAGAUACUGCGAUGUCAACGUAUCACAAGUACGAGUGCAAAAUCAUAGCUCUUAUGAUAGGCUCCGGAAUGAGCAUUCUCAGUACGGUUGCAUUUCGAAUGGUGACCCAGGUGGGAAUCGAGGGCUGUCUCGAAAUUUGCAAAAGGAUAAAACUUGGUCAAAACAAUAUAAACGAAGCCAAUGAAGAAUCGAGAACGAAGUCCGAUGAGAAAUUGGCGAUUAGCAAAUCUGCCAAGAGACGAUUGCGCAAGAAAAAGCUCAAGGAAGCUGGAGAAAAGUCAGCAGAGGACUUAGCCGAUUUUACUGGGCAGGAGAUGAACGAAGAGCAGAACAAAAGUCACGUUGACCUUAGAGCUUAUGAACUGGUGACGCUUGCAGGGCAACGUUCACCAGAAGAUUUUUUACGUCGCACGUUAAUGGCUACGUUUCACUUGAAGUGUUUGCAGAAAGUCGGUUUUUUCGUAAAUCCAUCCAAGUUUAACGAAGGUCCAAGCGUCGAGGAACUUUUAGUAGGUUCAUUGCUACUGAGAAAUUUGCAACUUUUGCAAUUUAACGCCCAUGAGGUAUCCGAGACUCGAUUGGGAAACGACCAUCGUUUCCGCGGCAGCAAAACUAUUUACAUUGGAGUGGCCAUUUAUCCAACGGUGGCCUUUUUCAACCAUGACUGUUACCCGGCAGUUACCAGAUACUUUUCCGGUCGCAAUAUCGUGAUAAGGGCUAUACGGCCAUUGAGAGUAGGCGACGUGCUGGCCGAAAAUUACGGGCCGAUCUUCACUAAGCGAAGCCUCGUCGAACGGCAACGAUCCUUGACUGGUCGCUAUUGGUUCAAGUGCUCCUGCAGGGCCUGCUACGAGGACUGGCCUGGUUUUAAAAGUUUGACGAAUGACUGUGCACGACUGAGGUGUCCGAGUGAAGGAUGCACGAGGCUUCUGGUGCAGCCACGAGAACCAAAGAAACCAGUGAAAUGUCCUGGAUGUCAGAAAAAGGUGAACCUUGAGCAUCGCUUGAAUAAGUUACGUGAAUGCGAAUUAGAUUAUGCACAAGGUCACGCGAUUAUGGAAGCGGAAAGGGUCGACGAUGCUAUUCAGGCGUUUGCAGAAGCUUUGGAGAAAUUUCACAAGAUUGCUUCGCCACCUCAUCGGGACACUCACUUGGCUGAAAUUGCAUUGGCUGCCUGCAUGGCGAUUUCCGGCAAUACUUGGAAACCAACAAAUAGCGGUGGCGGGGAACGUCAAUUGGCUUUGCUCUGAUCAGUUGAUAUUCACAUGAUUUCGUUUCGGUUCCUGAAAUCAUAUAAGCUCGACGUAGAAAAUGAGGAACUAUACCGAGAAAUAUUGUAAAAGAAAUUGUUUAAAGAAAAUUAGUUAGUUCUCGUUCCUUCAUACAAAGAUACUUUCAAAUACUUUUUAUUCUCCCACGAUAUGUUUGGAAAAACCAUGGUAGAGGUAGCACAUAAAGAAUCUAUCUUUCACAAAUAUAUUACGGGAUAGUUGAAGAAGGGUACAUUAAUAAAUAAAGGAUGACAUUUUUAAGGAUUUUAUGAAUAAAAUCACGCUGCAUUAUCUUCA